AUGCACGGCGCCGAUGCAGAUGCUGUGCAGGAAUCGGGUCGCUUGCUUUCUGCCUGUGUUGGAUUCCUUCGUGCCUGGCGAAGGCGUCCUACUUUUGGUUGGUUUAUGGACUUUUGGGGAGUAAUCUCGAGCAACGCGAUGGCUACAAGCGGUCACGAGGAUCCGUUUGCGACGAGAAUGUCGUCCCAGGGAUGCUGUGCUGAGGAGUUGAGAGCCAGAAAACUCUUGGAGGACCAAUCCGUGGGCUACGACCAGAUGUGUGUGGGCUGGAAACAAUGCAUUCUGGCCAUGCAGGACGAAAUCAAGCUCCCAACAACCCUGUGUCCAAGCUUGCUGAAAGUGGACCAGGCCUUGAAAGCGAUGGAAAAGGGUCCUACACUGCUCGAGAGCCUGCACAAGGCAAAGAUCCCGGAAUCUGGCAAGGGCAAGGACGAAAAGGGCACGAAGGGCAAAGGAACAGGGAAAGAGCCGGAGAAGCCCUACAUGGUCGGCUCAGAGGUUGUUGCUGGCAUUGAGCUCAUGCCGACCUGCUGGGGCAUGCGCUUGGACAAGGUCGAAGAUAAGCCUGGCCAGCCUCACCUGGAAGCCGGCUCAACGAUAACGGCCAUCGACGGCCAAGCGGCAGAAAAGCAGAAGCAGCGGCAGAGGGAUCAGGAGGCAAUUCACAUGGUCGUCCGUCAGAGCUUGGAGAGACUGCGGCUCGAAGAGGAGGAGAGGUUGGCCUGGCAGGCCUACGAGCAGCAGAUGCAGGCCUACAUGCAGCAGUUUGCCAUGCAGCAAGUCAUGUACGCCAACCAACAGAUGCAGCAGCCCACAGAGUGCUGGGGCGGCUGUGGCGGCUGCGGUGGCUGCGGCUGUGGCUGCGGCUGCGGUGGCAUUCCCUACGGACAGCCGAUGCCUUUGUGGAUGUCGGCCUUCAGGCCUUGUACAUAUUAUGUGGGA